AUGGUCCCGUCGAUCUCCCGCCUAUGGCAGGCAUACUUGAUCGCAUACGCCUUGCUCGCCUCGACGGUACUGGCUUUCCAUGAAGUCGCAAGUACAGCAACAAUUUCUUCCGCCCUGACCUCGACCUCGAGAUCAUCAGCAGCAGCAGCAGCCGCCUACCCGCCGCUCAAGACGAGCACCGCGCUGCGCCAACAGUGGCAACACCAACAACCGCACCAGCAGCUCCUCAACGACGACGCUUCUCCUUCAUCCGUCUACAUCUCUCCCUCCUCUUCCUGUUCCGGUCCUUGGAUCUCGAGUUCAACCCCAACCACCAACGCAAGCAACGGCAGCAAGCGAGGCGAAGGAAGCAGCAGCAGAGGACGAGACGAAGGCCAGGGCAGCAGCCGGGCGCCGGGCAUGAGCGUGAGCGCGAUAGCGCUGGUGGCUGCGAUAGCGGGGUUGGUCGUCGUGAUGCCUUUCUAA